UCUCCCUUGGUAUCUCAUUACAGAUAGCGGCAGAACCAGUGAAGGGAAAAUGUUAAACAUGAAGGCAUCACUUCUUCAACAUUUAGCAGCAACGUGCAAGCUUGGGAAAUCAUCAAACAGAUACUUGCCUGGUCCUGUCACCACCACAAAUUCAAAGAAAAGUAAAGUGAAUCCAGUUCUUGCUAAAAUGAACAAGCUUAGCAGAAGAGCAGACAGUUUUGUAAAUGGAGUCAGAGAACACGUGAGAGUGGGGCCAAAGAUGAGUGAGACAGUAAAAGGGAAGCUAAGAUUAGGGUCUAAAAUUCUCAAAGUUGGUGGAGUGGAGAAAGUUUUCAUUGAAAUGCUUAGUGUUAAAGAAGGAGAGAGACUGUUGAAUGCAUCACAGUGCUAUCUAUCAACCACGUCUGGCCCUAUAGCAGGCCUCCUCUUCAUAUCCACUCAUAAAGUUGCCUUUUGCAGUGACAGAUCCAUCAAGGUAUCUUCUCCAACAGGAACACUCACAAGAAUCCAUUACAAGGUCUUGAUUCCACUUGAAAAGAUCAAGUGUGUCAGCAAGAGUGAAAAUGUGAAGAAGCCUUCGCAGAAGUACAUGGAAAUAGUGACAGUGGAUGAUUUUGAUUUCUGGUUCAUGGGUUUCUUCAACUAUCAGAAAGCUUUGAAGUAUCUUCAGAGAGCUCUCUCAUCAGCUUAGAGAAAGCCUGGAAGAUUGUACAAAAUUUUUUCUUUCUUUUCUGAGAUGAUAUUGUGCUUAAUUCAUUCUCAGAUUCCUUUUACUUCUUUCCUCCCAGGAUCCUUUUGACAAAAUAGAAAUAAGAAAUGAGAAUAGAAAAGCUUUCACAAAAACAUCGCAAGGUCUAUUUCUAAAGAGAUG